UGACAUCCCAUAUCCAAUCACUUCCUUGUUGUAACGUAUUUCACCUUGCUAGACGGUCGUGAAGAAGUCCUGUAGUCUUGAGCUGCGUAUUGCAUCGAAGCCGAACAAAGCAUCGCAAUAAUUCUUGGGAUCUAUCUUUAAGUUCGAUUCUGAUUUCGGAUUAAUUUUUACUGACGUUUUUCUAUCCAAAAAGGCGAGACGAGAACCCGGGGUAUACGUAUAAAGCCAUUGUUGAGUCGAGCGUGGAAACUAUUGUGAUUAAGUGGAACAGUAGAACAUGGCUUUGGGAAUAUUCAGGCUCGUCUGUCUACUCGGAGUGCUGCCUUUUUCAAGUUGUCUUCUGUGCUAUCAGUGCAGUGCUUCUGGGGGUAAAGGGGACUGUAUUGACGGGCAUGAAAAUUUCCUGACUGUGGCUAAACAGGUCUUUGAUGCCAAAAACAACAGCAACGGGGUCAUUGUGGAUAAUUCCGGUAGUCAGGCACUUCACUACAAGAACUGCGAUACCUUCGUCAACAGAACCAUGUGUAUGAUCGAAGAGGUCCGAAAUGGAAUUGCCGGGACUAUUUUAAGCUACAUCCGUGAUUGUUCGGACGGGUGGACGUUCUCUUUCGACCUGUCCAUCCUGAAGAACCUCAGCCCGUCCAACUUCACCACCUGCGGCUACGACAACCGCGGCUACCAGGUGUGCGUCACUCUGUGCAACUCCACCGACCUCUGCAACGGACCACGGUACAUAACCGGAGCCUCGGGAUGCCCUGCCCUAGAUGUGCUGCUGUAUCUACUGUGUCUUUUAGCUGUCUGUGUGAGGGUGUAGAUGUUCCUGAAGGGGGCGGCCACUGGUUGGACUUCAAUAAUAAUGAUGGAAUAUAGCUUUUAGAAGUGUAACUAAAUGACAAUAGAACCAGAACAAUAUAUAUAGAUAGGGUCUGACCAUGUCAUAUUCUGAGGGGGGUGUUGCUUGGAUCUUUGAGACAAUUUUUAUUCAUUUUUUCUGGGACUGGAAGAUGUCACAACACCUGUUUCAGGACAAACCUAAAUAAUUGUUAUCAAUCAUUCUGUGGAACAGACUCUUUUAUUUACAUAUUAUGAAAAUAUAAAGUAGUUUUUUUUCCUUCCUAUCGAUUUUUAAGAACGUUUACAAAUAUAAAAGAUACAAAGAUCAACAGGGAUGUGGGAUGGAAAGUAACAAAGCUCAUUUUUUAAUAAUUGUCACUCUUAUUGCAAAAUAUAAUAUGUCUUUAGAGUC